AUGGACACAAAACCAGCCGACUCUGGCGUGAAGUACGACAUCAACAGGCAGAGCGAGUGCACACGCAGACCCGUGAAGACCCAGUGCUCCUGUGGGCCGAGCGCGGACGGCGCCCCACCAGCCGAGCCGCAGUGGCCAGGGCAGGACGGCACUUUCGAGCUUGAUUGUAAAAGCACAGCGGGUCUCACCCUGGGUUCAGCGGCCCACGUGGGCAGCCAGGGGGACCCUCCCGCUGAGAUGACACAGCUGUCCCACACGAGUGGGGCCUGUGGGCCUGUGCUGGCCUUCGCCUAUGCCUGGUUGCCCAAGGGGGCCCGAGCCAUCUCAGCCUCGGACUUCACGGCCAACGGUGGCCAGAACCCCAGGGCCCCGGAGCAGGCAGACAGCCCAGCUGUGACCUCACCGGUUCACGAGGGCCUUCCGUUCAUCACACCGCUGCUCUGCUUCCUGCCGGUCACUACACCGGACCAGCACUGCCCCAGGGCAACGCCAGCGCCGCCCACCUGCGACACCGGCCUCAACCCUCCUUAUAGGCGGCACGGAGUCCAGACAGACAGUCCCUACCAGGGAGGCCUCGCCCAGGACAGUCGGAAUGCAGAGACCGCCCUGCCCCUGAGGGGUACCAGCCACACCGUCUUCAUCCACUGCCGGGGACUGUCCUCCCAGACCCAGGUCGGCACCAAGAGAGGCAAGCGGUCAAGGAUCAAAGGGGUCUGGCGGAGCUGCGCCCAGGCAUCAGGCUGGGCCCAUGAGAGACCAAUGGGGAGCAGCCACGUGGACGGGCUCCUGAGUCAGCUGAGCCAGGGGGACCAGGAUGCAGACCCUCUGGAGGAUGCUGUGGCUGCCCAGCCCCGGGCGGCCCUCCUGGAGAGGCACCUGCUGGGGGGGCAGAAGCAGCCUCCCAGCUCAGGGUGCGGCCCCUUCUUCUACAUCGGAGGCACCAACGGGGCCUCAAUAAUCAACUCCUACUGCAAGAGCAAGGGUUGGCAGCGCAUCCAGGACAGCCGGCGGGAAGACUACAAGCUCAAGUGGUGUGAGGUCAAGUGUCGAGACAGCUACGUCAGCUUCCGGGAAGGUGAGCAGCUGCUGUUCCAGCUCCCCAACAACAAACUGCUCACCACCAAGAUUGGGCUUCUCAGCGCCCUCAGGGAGUACUCCCGGGUCCUCAGCAAGAUCAGCAAAACAUCGUCCGGUGCCCAAGCCAAACUUGGUAAGGGCCCAGCACCCUCCCUCGAGCAGCUUACAUGGAUGCCCACGAGGCCUGGGCCACAGAGGAUCCUGAAAAUGGAAGAUUUUUUCCCAGAGACUUACCGUCUGGACAUCAAGGAUGAGAGAGAAGCAUUCUUCACCCUCUUUGAUGAAACCCAGACGUGGAUCUGCAAGCCCACCGCCUCCAACCAGGGCAAAGGCAUCUUCCUGCUCAGGAGCCAGGAGGAGGUCACCGCGCUCCAGGCCAAGACCCAGAGCAUCCAGGACGACCCCGUCUACCGCAGGAUGCCUUUCCGGGCACCCCAGGCCCGGGUUGUGCAGAGGUACAUCAGCAAUCCUCUGCUGCUGGAGGGGAAGAAGUUUGACGUGCGUUCCUACCUGCUCAUCGCCUGCACCAUGCCGUACAUGAUCUUCUUUGGCCACGGCUACGCUCGCCUCACCCUCAACCUGUACGACCCCUGUUCCGAAGACCUCAGUGGCCACCUGACCAACCAGUUCAUGCAGAAGAAGAGCCCCCUAUAUGUGCUCCUGAAGGAGGACACAGUGUGGAGCAUGGAGCACCUCAACCGCUACAUCAACGACAACUUCAGGCAGACCAAGGGCCUCCCCAGAGACUGGGUCUUCACUACCUUCACCGCGCAGAUGCAGCAGAUCAUGGUCCACUGCUUCCUGGCUGUCAAGUCCAAGCUGGAGUGCAAACUGGGCUACUUCGACCUCAUUGGCUGUGACUUCUUGAUCGACGACAACUUCAAGGUGUGGCUGCUAGAGAUGAACUCCAAUCCUGCGCUGCACACCAACUGUGAGGUCCUGAAGGAGGUGAUUCCUGGCGUCGUCAUGGAGACCCUGGACCUGGCGCUGGAGACCUUCCAGAAGAGCCUGUGCGGCCAGAGGAUGGUGCCUCUGCUGUCGCAGCGCCGCUUCGUGCUCUUACACAACGGGGAGACGGAUGUCUGGCCGCGCCUGGUGGGCUCCCCAAGCGGCCCCCGCCUGGCGCCCCGACCCUGCCAGGCCGCGCCUGCGUCCCCGGCGCCCCUGGCCCGCGCGGCGGACAGGCCGGGCGCGCGCAGGCCAGGGGAGCCCCGCUCCGCGCAGGUUCGCCCCCGGAACACCGAGCGGCCGCGAGCGGACCCCAAGGACCCGGCCGAGGAGCACCACGAGGAGCGCAGGCCCGAGGACCACCGCGGCUCCUAG